UAACCUGUAUUCAUAAAAUAAAUAUGAAAAUACAACAAACAAAUUAGCACUACAGAUCAUACAAACAUCAAGCAAUAUCAAAAUUACUUAUUACUACGAACAAACAUUUUAUAAAAAGGAAAACUAACCUAAAACUCGGCAAGCAAAUCAACAAAUAGAAACUACCACCACGCACCACUUCUUAUAGAAUGACGUAUUAAAACUUGUCCUUGAACUCACAAUAACCUUGGGGAACAUAAGAAAUAGAGCAUACAACACGUGCAAAGACUCGGCAAGCACCUCGUACGAUUCACCGACAUCAGCAGGGCGAUUACCGGACACACAAAAUGCAACCUCAGCAAGGCCAAGCAGCCACGCGACCGGCACAUUCCACUGGUAUCAGUAACGAAAGCCAUGGAAAGAACGCAGACGCAGCAUCAGCAAAAUACGACCACCUGUAACAUGUACAUUCUUUCAAGCACCUUGUAUGUCAUUAACACCAAGCAAAACGUGAGAUGAUCAAGAAGACGAAAUUUCAGCAAAGGGUGAGAUAAUCAAGAAAACAAGAACUCCAGCGGAAAUACGUAGUUACGAUAUUCAUAAAUUGUCACGUAGUAAUGGUACAAUUAUAAAAAGAAAUAAUCGGUCACGUGACAAUUAGGAAGAAUAUAAAUAGAGAUUCAGUACUCAAUAGAGUGUUGUUAGAGAGCAGUUUUAAUUGAGGUCAGAGCUGGUUUUACCGAGUUAAUAAUUUAAUUGAAAGUAGUGUUGAAAGUAGAUAGAGUUCAGUUUUAAUUAAGAGCAGUCAGAAGUCAGUCUUAAUUGGAAACAGUCGAUCCGUCUGCGUCAAAGAAACAAUCUAGUACAUAUUGUAAUUCCGUUUAAUAAAAUUGUUAAUUAAGUUCGAAAAUCCGAAACAUCGAGUAACUAAUCGCGAAACAAAAUUUAAUUGUUAAAACCGAUUCAUCGCCAAACCAUACUCACACCUGAUCGACUCCACAAAUCAAACAAGGUAGGAGAUUCGAAAUUGUACACCCUCUUCCUUUCUUUUUUAACCGUUAAUUGAACAAAGUUGUCUUCAAACGAAAGUAUCCGUCGGCAGCUAUAGCUGACAGAUAGAAGUAUCAAGUAAAUAACUCACAUAAAAUUUCAUUCGAACAUUUUGAAUUCACGACAAUUAUUCUCUGUAUCGACCAGUGAUCACGGUGUUUCCAAACAUUGGAAACAUCUAUGGUUUUCGUUUUCCUCUUCCCACCGUUAGCAGAUUGCUCAUCCUUGGGCGAGGCCUACGAAGCUACACGGAUUGUUUACAGAGAGUAUAAUUACAAAAUUGAGAUAAACGUUCUUGCUCAACAGUUCAUGAAUUAUUUGGAAUAAACUCAAUCAGCUUUCGAUCUAUUUUGUUUACAAUUGUUCGCUGUAUCAACCAGUGAUUACGGUGCUUUCGACACAGAAAACAUCUAAGGUUUUCGUUUUCCUCUUCCCACCGUUAGCAGAUUGCUCAUCCUUGGGCGAAGCCUACGAAGCCACACUGAUUGUCUACAGUGAACUCAGUUACCAAAUAAAAUAAUCAUUUACUCAUUUACGACUCUACUUGUUGUCAAGAACGAAUUAUAAUUCCAUGACGAAAUCAAGAAAGAAUAGAAAAGAUAAAAGUCACCUCAGCAAAAAGCGAGCCGAACGUUGGUACAAACGAUUAAUUGCUGCAGAAAUAAAAAGGGAAGAGAGGAGGCAUCGAGAAGAAUUAGAGUCGAAUCGCGAAGGUUCACCACCUAGUUUUUCGCCCUCAAAUUCACCAAUUUCCGAACACUGCGUGGCGCAUUCCUUUCGAACUCGUUCGCCAUCGCCCACAUCACACCAUAGCGUUUGUUAUUAAUCUUAUUGGUACGAAUAAAUGUUAUCCUACCAAACAUUUGUAAAAUUUAUCCAGUUAGAAACUAGAAUAUUUAUUUAUUGUACAUCGCUGUAUAAUAUAUCUAUAUUUGCAUCCGACGAUACUUAUUGCUGAUAUUGUAAUACCUUCAAUCAACUAACAACGAAUAAAUUAAAAUAUAGUUAAACCAACAUAACUCUGUCAGACGAAAUAAAUACGUUGCCAAUUGUCUAUCCCUAAUAACUUUAAUCCUCUCCCGUGCCAAUAUUCCUGCGCAUAGCAGGUUAGCCGAAAGGUGGAAUUCGUUUGCCAGUUGCAUCAAACGUAAGUCAACGCUACCAAUUAAACACGAGUUAGUAGAUAAUAGACUCUCACCUAGUUCAAACCCCAUGACAAGGGUACAAGGUUUGUUUUCCUACAGGCAAGAAAGUGCUUACAGAGGCACUUCCAGUCUGGGAAUUCAAAAGACACAGCAGACAAGGUACAAGAUUUGUUUUCCUACAGCCACGAAGGUGCUUACAGAGGUACUUCCAGACUGGGAAUCCAAAAGACACGAUAGACAAACAAUACCCAUCAUACACUAACACUCCCAACUUAAAGAAAAUAAUAAUAAUAAAAGGAAAUUCUUUGAAAUAGUCCUUAGACUAUUUCUGGUGGCAGCAACUACCAUAUUAAUCGGACAUCUCGAUUAAUAUUUCAUAAACAAUCAUACCAUUUCAAUUUUCCCCUUCCGAUUAAACUCAAGAUAACAACAAAAAAAAAAUUUUAUCUGGAUUUAGUCCAGACUAACACGGAAGGCAUAACACGAUCGAAUCGAACAUAACAGAACGUAACAGUAAAAUAUAAUAGAUAAAUUUUUGGUGGCAAGCGGUGGGAUACGCUCCACAGAGGAUUAAAGUUAUUACUGUCAUUGAUAAAAUAUACAUCUGAAAAAUAAUGGCAACCAAAUUAGAAUCAUUGGAUGAAGAUAUGCUUUUGACAUUGUCGGAAAAACUAAGAACGUGGGAUGCAAAUUUUCGAGUAAUAACUGAUAUGAUUGCAAAAAUGAACGAAUUACAAAACGACGUACGCGAACUCAAAACAAUGAGAGAACCUCAGUCACCUGCAUCGCCGCCGGCAACCCAACAAGAAACGGUACAGCCAGGUGGAUAUCCCCAACCGAUUAAGCUAAAAGACGCGAUCGAGUCAGUACCAGUAUUCGACGGACAUCGAUCCUCAGUAUUUCAAUUUUUAAGAGCAUGCGAGCGCGCACGAAACAUGGUUCCUAGGCAUCAAGAACCCCAGUUAGUAAAACUAUUAAUGAAUAAGCUUCGCGGACAUGCAUUUCUCGCCGUCGCAGAUACAGAACUAAUAAAUUUGAACGAUUUCAGGAACAAAUUAAAGGAUCUGUUUGGCCCAAAGAAAUCUCUUAACGAGUACAAGGGAGAAUUAGGAACGAUAUACCAACGACCUGGGGAAGAUAUAUUAGAUUACAUGGAUCGCGUUAGAAAUCUUAGGUUAGCGAUAAUGGACGGAGAAAGAAGCGAGUACGGCAUGAUAUCACCGGACAUCCAAGAUACAAUAGAUUGGGAAACCAGGGAAGCUUUCGUUAAGGGGCUCCCAAACGAGGUCUAUUUAUGCGUAAAGAUAGCAGGAUACCACACUUUAGAAGAGGCGUAUCGCCAAGCCGUUAAGGCAACACAAGAAGUGAAACAAAUGAACGAUAGAACGCGACUCCAACGACCAACAUUUCUGAAUAAUUACAAACGCGACAACGUACGACCCUUGACUACUAAUAACAAUAUCAGAAACAAUCACCAGGAUCGAAGAUCCGUACCUCCAUCACAGAAUUAUACAAAACAGAAUAUCAUAACAUGUAAUUAUUGUAAAAAACCUGGCACGGGUAGAUGCUGGAAUAAUUAUACCCUAUGCUCAAGAACAGUCGGGAAACCGAACACGUCCUUCGGGGGAAUGGGGCAAGCCACGAAGGGACGAAUUUUCGAAUCGCCCAAGAGUGCAAGCGGCCACAAGGAGGCCGGCGCCUAUGCUAAUAAAGAGAACAAGGGCAGCUGCCCCCGCGAAAUCGACUCCACAAUCCGUAACAAGGAACAAAGCGAACGUAAUGCCGUCUGUAAAAUCAAGGGAACAACCAUUAAAUACUGUGGGGGAACCAUCGCACAGCCACGCGAAAAUAAAAACAGAGAGUCCGGAAUCUCAAGGCCAAAAGGAAAAACCAACACGGAAGGAACAGACGAGGGAAAACCACCAGGAACCGGACUCAGAUGCGGAAGACGACCUCUUCGGAUUAUUUCAAUAAAAUUAAACGAUUCUCCAACAACCCCAACUGCACGAAUAGUUUCCCCAGACUUAAAAACCAAGACAAGUUUACUACCAGACUCUGGAUCAGAAAUCAAUAUUAUCAAAAAACCUGCUUUACUCGAUUCAGCUAUCAUCGACGAACAGAAACAAAUUGAAGUUCGAGGAAUUACGGCAACGAGCCUGGUCUCCCUAGGACAGACAGUAAUACAGGUCGCAGGCCAUCCAGUCAUUUUUCACGUAGUUGAUGACUCAUUGCUGAUCGAUCAAGACGGAAUCUUAGGAUCCGAAUUUUUUGCAGGAUGCAAAGCUCGUUUGGAUUACGAGGAAAGCCAUAUCAAAUGGGGAAAUAUUUAUAUUCCCUUCGACACUAAAGAAAGAAUAAUCGUGCCGAAACGAAGUUCGGUAACAUGCUCAAUUAAUAUCGCAAAUCCAGAGAUAAGAGAGGGAUUUAUUCCCAGAAUCGAGCCGAUCAAGGGGAUCUAUUUUGGUAAUGCAGUUGUGAGAAAUUAUAAAGGAAAAGGUUAUCUGAGAAUAAUAAAUACUACUUCAAGAGAUUAUGAAUUUACGACACCAACAAUGGUAAUCAAAGAAUUUGAAAACCUCACCCCGCUUCCUAGUACGGCGUGUAAUACAAUUUUAAAAACAAAGGAAAGCAGAUCUGACAAAAUAAUUAAAUUACUACGACUUGAACACUUGAACGAAGAGGAAAGGAAAAACGUCGAAAAAUUGAUUCGUAAUAAUCAAGAUAGAUUUCAUAUUCCAGGAGAUACGCUGGAAGCAACUGGAAUUCUAGAACAUAGAAUAAUUACAACGGAUGAUAUACCAGUUAAUACUAAACAGUAUCGUUACCCACCAGUACACCGAGAAGAAAUAAAUCGACAAAUUCAAGAAUUAUUAGACACAGACAUCGUGGAACCAUCGAUAUCCCCAUACAAUUCUCCGUUAUGGAUCGUACCGAAAAAACCCGAUUCGCAAGGAAACUAA